GCUACAUUUAUCCACUUUUUAUAUCCUAUUACUAUUAGUAAAAGGAGAAAUAUAUAUACACUAAAUAAUGAAAUUCAUAGUUCAAACCAAAUUGGGAACCGACUCUCACUACUCUAUAAAUACAGAACCUCAAAACUCUAAAACUCACAAAAGCAAAAAACAAAAAGAAGAAGAAGAAGAAAGCAAUCAAUCUGUCAAAGAAGAAGAAGACACGAUGGGUCUCUAUUGGGCACGUAAGUUACUCGUAGUCCUCCUGGUUACUGCGUUCGUCUUCUCCGGGAGUGCUGAAGCGUGGAGCUGGAGUUGGGGUUCUGACCAAUCUGGUUCGAACGGGGGUUGGGGAUGGAGCUCCGGCAACUCUGGCGGUUCUUCUGGCUCGGGUUCAGGUGGUUCAGACUCCAACUCGGAUGGUUCAAGUUGGGGUUGGGGAUGGAGCUCCGACGGAACAGAUACAAACUGGGGUUGGGGAAGGAGCUCUGGCUCACACCAUUCAAGCGGCACUGGCUCUACACACAACCGUCAUAGCUCUGGCACGAACCAUUCAAGCGGCACUGGCUCUUCACACAACGGUCAUAGCUCUGGCUCAAACCAUUCAAGCGGCACUGGCUCUACACACAACAGUCACAGCUCUGGCUCUAACCACUCAAGCGGCACUGGCUCUUCACACAACAGUCAUAGCUCGGGCUCAAACCACUCGAGCAUCGUUGGUUCUACACACAACAAUCACAGCUCGGGCUCAAACAACUCGAGCAUCGUUGGUUCUACACACAAGAAUCACAGCUCUGGCUCAAACCACUCAAACAUCGUUGGUUCUACAUACAACGGUCACAGCUCUGGCUUAAACCACUCGAGCAUCAUUGGUUCUACACACAACAAUCACAGCUCUGGCUCAAACCACUCAAGCAUCGUUGGUUCUACACACAACCACACGAAUCCAAUACCGGCUGGAAGAAAGAUUGCGGUUACUGUAUGGAAAAACGGAUACGGUUACACAGAAUGGAGUUCAAAGCAUGCCCCAUUCUACGUCAACGAUGUUCUUGUUUUCACGUACAACAAUGAUGAUCGAACACAAUCCAUGACGAAGCACCAUAGCAAGAAGAAGAACGACGUCUACUUGCUCCCAGACAUGAAGAGCUUCAAGAGAUGCGAUGUGGCCAGAGGCAAGAAGCUGGUGGCACGAGGAGGUUCAUCAUCAAGAGGCUUCAAAUUGCUUCUCCGUAAGGUUCAGACUUACUACUUCGUCAGUGGAGACCAUAUAGGCUGCAACCACAACAUGAAGUUCUCUAUCCACCCGAUUCCCCACCCUUCUUCACAUUAACUCUAAAUCCACUUGUUCUUUUCUUUGAACUUUGAGUAUGUUUCUAUUCUACGC